AUGCAGUCCCCCACUUCGGUCCCGUCUCAACGCCCGGCAAACGACCACCGUCCACCUGUGAGCGUGCUACAGUGCGAGAGCAUCCGCCAUUAUAACCGGCAGACGAGUGCGUCGGCCAAGCAACUGCUCUACCAGACUCACUCCACACUCCGCUUCCGUGGAACGGACGAAGCUAACCAGCAACAGCGAGCGAUGGGGCCAUCCACCAUGGCUCGAGCCCUCGCGGCCGCGGCUGCCGUCCUCGCCGCCGUGGUCUGCGCCGGCGCGACCCCGGAGACGACGUGCAGGGCGGCGGCGGGCGCCGACAGGCGCGUGGACUACCGCUUCUGCGUGUCCAGGCUGAGCCAGCACCACGACAGCCCCGACGCCGACACGUGGGGCCUGGCCAAGGUGGCCGCCGACGUGGGCGUGCUCAUGGCCAGCAACGGCGUCUACGACAUCAAGGCCAUGCUCGCCGGCAAGGAGGAGCGGCCGGCGGGCGCCAGGGCGCGCGGGCCGCUGGAGCAGUGCGAGGCGCUGUACGACAGGAUGGGCGCCGCGUUCGCCGAGGCGUACGACGGCAUCGACCGGCGCGACUACGCGGCGGGCAAGGAGAAGGCCGGCGAGGCCGCGUCCCUCGCGCGCCGCUGCGCCCACGCCUUCGCCCGCGCCGGCGUCGCCGUGCCGCCGCGGCUGGCGAAGCAGGGCGCCGACUCGGUGCAGAUGGCCAUCGUCUGCACCGCCAUUACCAACCUCGUCAAGUGAUCUCCGCAUUGUCUGCCCGUCGAGGUGUCCCCAUUGUUGGUUGCUCGACCGUGAUGUCAUGUACGCUUGUGUUUGUGAUAUCGAUCGUUGAUAGGGCACUUAGUGGUAGUGGUACGACGUUCUUCACUGUUGUGUCGGUGUCAGAAGGGAAUAAAAAUUGCAUUAUCUUUUUCA